CUGAUUUCGAACGCACUCUAAAAGUAGCUCUUAUGUCAGUCGUUGUCAUCCUACUAUUUGUUAUUUUGCUAAUAAAAAUAAAAAUAAAUUAUUUGAACUGUUUUUUAAAAUUGAACUCCAAUUAACUCAUAUUCUUUUUAAUUGAAAAUGCCCAAGCUCUUAUUCUUAACAAAAAGAAAAUGUUUACCAUGUGUUGUGCCCAACUGCCCUUCGUUGUGGAAGGGUCCAGGAGGAAAAAGAACGGAUAUAAAAUUUUUCAGUUUUCCUGGACCUAGAAGGUCUAAAGUUUGGCUAAAGGCAUGCAACAGAGAAGACCUUUUGGAUCUAGCUACUUGCGAAUUGAAUAACAGAUUCAAAAUAUGCGAGUUGCAUUUUGCGGCAAAACACUUUUCACUCAGUAGAUAUGGUGGAAAAUCGUUGUCUGUAGUAGCUGUUCCAACUAUUUUUCCAAGAAUUACUAACCCGCCUAUCAAAGUCAAAACUGAGUGUGGAAUACAACAAAUACCUAAUCGAACAGUGCAAAAUAUUGAUUAUACUACCCCAACUUUAAGAAUGACGAGUCAAGCAGUUCCAAAACAGCAUGCUCCUAUUCAAGUGUUCAAAGUAGACAUUAAAGGACAAAAUUCUGUUCUUACACCUGUGAAUGUGGGUCUGGAGGAUAUUAAACAAAUGACUCCCAUUCCUGGACCAUUUGCAACAACAACUUCAUUAUUUAGGCUACAAGAAUUUGCUAGAACGUUUUACUCAGAGCAAAAUAAUUUUCCAAAUGAUGACAUAAAGAUGAAUGAGUUGAAAUCGUCAUCAUCGCACAUAACAGAAAAAGCUACUGUUCAGACCAAAGGGCCAGUUCUAGAACAACCAAACAGGGUGCCACCUGGUAUUCACCAGGGCUGUGUGAAUGAAUUGUUUACACCUCCUAAUCCUCCUCUAGAUCAGAAAACACCAAAUGGGGCCUCAAUUUCAAUAAACACAUUUAUCUCCAAAAGUAUCCUGAGAAAACAUAUAUUGGAUCGAAAAAAGGCUACUCAAAUACCAGGAUUUUCACAAUCUGAAACAUUAAGGAAAUUGCACAAAAUCAAAAGUUUACAGAGGCAAGUUGUAGUUAAAGUGACCAAAAGUCUUGAAGUAAAGGUGUAACAAUAAUAGAGGACUUUUCAAAUCUUGUGAUAUUAUAUUUAGCAACAGUGAUUGAAUCUCUUGGAAUUUUAAAGGGCAUUCAACUGACUUUUAUUUUUGAAACUGAAUAGCUUCAAGAAAAUAAGAGAUAGAAGCUAAAGCUCAGCCUACAAUAGUUGGGUCUAGCAGUUUCGUACACAUUAUAUCGGGUUUUCAAAAAAAAACCCAAUCAAAGAUUGCUUUGAUUCCGAAAACGUACGCCGCAUUACUGUUUCUUUAUUGGUCAGUAUUUUUGACAUGUUAUUUUGACAUUAAAGUUCAUUGACAAAUUAAACAUAUUGCUAAGACAUACGUUCAAAAACCCAUAGCAAUCUUUGAUUGUUUUUUUUUUGAAGACCCGAUAUAAUCCCAUGUAACAUUUUUAUUUCAUUUGUGGAUCUUGUCAAUAUUUGUUUGUGUAAAUCUAUACCUAAUGCUUUUUUGAGGGAGGUAUAGGUUUGGAAAUUUUUAAUAAAUAAGUAAUAUUCCUUUAGCAUAAUGGAAUGUUUUUUUUUUUAAAUAGAAAUUAAACAUGAAUAAGCUCAAUAAUUGGAGUGUUUUCUUUGAGUCUAACUAUAGAAAAGGAGGUGAAAAUUAGUGGGGGCAACUUUUUUUUAAAGGCAAAGGGCAUGGAGUUUUUUUUUAAUACUCGUAGCCUCACUAUACCUUGAACCCAUAUA